AUCACUCAAGAGCUGAUUGAAGCCGGUGCAGGUGGUCGCCUGAGACUGAUCGGAAGAGCAGGCACUGGCGUGGACAACAUCGAUGUUGAGGCCGCGUCGCAAAAUAAAGUGCUCGUCAUGAACACACCUCAGGCGAACUCCCGAUCUGCAGCUGAACUCACGUGCAUUUUGAUACUCAGUCUCACUCGACAUGUUCCUCAAGCUGCUGCUUCCAUGAAGGCCGGAAAAUGGGCCAGAAAAGACUUUAUGGGAGAAGAGGUUUGCGGCGAAUUCGUUCUUUUCAACUGA